CUGGAAACAACAUCACCUCUUCCCCCAUUUUUCAAAGUCAAUAGAUACCCUCUUCGCCUGACGACGGACAGAGACGCCCAAACUUGCUUCCCUAAUAUUGACAACCGCCUUCAUCAUCCGAAGACCCGAACGAGCGUUUCCCGAGUCCUGGUCUAAACCUUAGUGGGGUAAACUCUCAGCAUACAAAGGCAACAUGGACAGACAAACCAUCAUCGAGACCAACCGGUCGCUGCGCACCAUCAAGAAUGAACUCGAGAACCUCCUCGAGAAGGGGGUCAUUUCCGAGGAUGCCUACGACAACAUUCACGCCACCCUCCCCGCCGAGACCCCCCUCCACGGCGCCGCAUCUCGCGCCGCUCCCAACGCCGCAACCCCCGUCCAGAAUAACCCCACGUCGCCUCCCCCGACCAACGCAAUGGCGGCCCUGAACGUCAACCCGUCACCGUCCCCGGCGCCGCCGUCCUACAACCAGACCGGCCCCCCAUCGCUGCCGGCCCGCACCAACGAGAAGCCCGUCCUCGCCCACGCCCGCGCCCUGUACCGCUACGCUGGUGCCGACGCCCGCGACGUGGCCCUCGAGCGCGACGACCGCAUCGCCAUCCAUGAAUACAUGAACGCUGACUGGUGGAUGGGCCGCAACCUCCGCACCGGCCAGGAGGGCAUUUUCCCCAAGACGUACGUCCUGGUCGAGCAGGACUCGGCCAAGGGCGCCUUCGCCCCGCCUCCCGCCCAACCUCAGUACGCGCCCCAGCCGCAGGCCCAGUGGGCUCCUCAGCCGCAGUACGGCACGCCCCAGCCUCAGUACGCCCAGCCGCAGGGCCCGCCCCCCCAGCAGAACCCCUACAACGCCGACGCGCCGCCCCAGGCCGUCGCCGACCAGAGCACCGGCGGCAAGGACGGCAAGGGUGCUGAAAUGGGCAAGAAGUUUGGCAAGAAGCUCGGAAAUGCUGCCAUCUUCGGUGCCGGUGCCACCAUCGGUUCCAACAUUGUCAACAGUAUAUUUUAAAUGUUUCAUGUGGAGACGGUGGCGGCAGCUGCGGCGGCGAGGAGGCGCUGUUGAAAAUUCGUUGUUGCUCCACGACGUUCAUGGCUCAUUUGCCUUGCGUUGAACCGCCUCUCCCCUUUCACACAGGAGAAUUUGUCGGUCGGAAGAGUACUGGAGAAGGCUAUCGGAGAACGUAGACUUGCUCUUGUCUUGUUUGUUUGCUUUUUGCUUUUCCUCGAGAUCUUAAUUUUUCUAGAAGGGGUGUUUCAUUGCCUUGGCAAGUCGGAGCUGGGCCACGACCGGCUCAGCUUUUCGCUAUCGCUGGAUUGUUUUUUUGUUUUUUGGCACCGACGAGGUUGCUUGCGCAGGAAGAGGGAUCACUGCACACAUGGGCACGCUCAUUCUCUU